AUGAGGAAUCACAAGAAGUUGCUGCAGUUCCUGCGGCCGGAUCCGGCGGUGGCGGCAGCCAGCGACGACGGGUGCUCCCCGCUGCCGUCGCCCACGACCACCAGCGGGAGCGCGAGCACGUCGGCCACGGCGUCCCCGUCGCCGUACGUCGCGUCGCCGUGGGUCAACCUCCCGGGGCUCGGCGCCGGGGCGGCGCUGACGGCCGGCGCGGCGGACGAGACCGGGCUCCUGGGGUCGUUCGUCAAGGAGGACGGGCACGUGUACUCGCUCGCCGCGGCCGGAGACCUGCUCUACACCGGCACGGACUCCAAGAACGUGCGGGUGUGGCGGGAUCGGCGGGAGUUCGCGGGGUUCCAGUGCGGGAGCGGGCUCGUCAAGGCCAUUGUCGUCGCCGGGGACGGCAGGAUUUACACCGGCCACCAGGACGGCAAGAUCCGCGUGUGGCGCGCGUCCGCGGACGACCCCGCCGUGCACAAGCGCGUCGGCUCGCUCCCGAAGCUCGGGGAUUUUCUCAGGAGCUCCGUCAGGCCGUCGCACUACAUCGAGACGCGCCGCCGGCACAGCUCCGUCUGGCUGCGGCACUUCGACGCCGUCUCGUGCCUCAGCCUGGACGCCGACGCCGGGCUGCUCUACUCCGGGUCGUGGGACAGGACCUUCAAGGUGUGGCGCGUGUCCGACUCGCGGUGCCUCGAGUCGGUGCGCGCCCACGACGACGCCGUCAACACGGUGGCCGCGGCGGGGUUCGACGCGCUGGCGUUCACCGGCUCCGCGGACGGCACGGUCAAGGUGUGGCGGCGGGAGGACGGCAAGGGCGGCGCCACGAGGCACGUCAUGGAGCGGGUGCUGCGCAAGGGCGAGAGCGCGGUGACCGCCAUCGCCGUGGCGGCGGAGGCGCGCGUGGUGUACGUGGCCUCCUCGGACGGGGCCGUGACGCACUGGCAGUGGCGGCGCGGAGCCGACCGGGAGAGCGCGCCGAGGAACGGCGGGGCGCUCCGCGGGCACAAGAUGGCCGUGCUGUCCCUCGCGGUGGCCGGGCGCGUCGUCGUGAGCGGCUCCGCCGACCGGACGAUCUCCGUGUGGCGGCGCGACGAGGGCGCGGACCACUCCCGCCUGGCCGUGCUGAGCGGGCACACGGGGCCGGUCAAGUGCGUGGCCAUGGACGAGGAGGAGUCCGUCGACGCGGACGGGCACCGGCGGUGGGUGGUGUACAGCGGCAGCCUGGACGGGUCGGUGAAGGUGUGGCGCGUGUCCGACGCGCCGGGCGCGAUGACGGCGCGGACGCCGGCGCACGUGUGGAAGGGCACGCCGUCGCCGCUGGGCGCGUGGACGCCGUACCGGGCGCCGGAGCGGAGCUGA